GAAAUUAUUACAGCAUUGCAAAAGGAUACUGAUUCGAUCCCCGACGACAUUCUAGGGAUGGUGGUGCGAGGGAUUUGGCUAUUACCAGUCGAACGCUGAAGUGAGAAAAUGAGAGUAACAGAAGCGAUCCGGGAAUAGAGAUAACAUUUAGUUACGACUUUUUGCAUACGCCAGACGCGCGCGCCAUUAUCAUGCAUACGUGAGGGAAAAAUUUUCACAAUUUUCCACAAAGUUAAAAUAACAUUUUCAUUUUUCUCUGGAGCGUCGUGUACGUGGGACGUUGGUUUUGAGUUUUUACGGAAGCCGAAGAGUGCGGACACAGGAAAGGCUCUCGACGAUCUGGGUCUUACAUACUACGACGCCAGGGCCAACGUUCAGUUCCACAUCUGUCGCGCUCCGUAUCGGUUCACACCCGGAAAAAGAUACUAUUAUCUCGAGAGUGCCAAUGAACAACACCGGAAAAGUGCUAGUGAAUUUUUAAACUCUAGUGAUUUAUAAGUGAUUUUAAAAGAGAUUAUAGAAAUACCUACCUACCUUCAGUAUUUUAUUUAUUCCUCAAAACUCAAUGUGCUAGUCAACACCACUGCAAUCGAACAAUGCAUUCCUCAGGAUCACCACUAUCGACAUCCUCUCCACUGGAUUUACGACCUGUUCUUGGAACAUCUGCCUUGGCACCAAUGCACCACUCAAUGCAGCACUCUAGUCACAGACUGGGACAAAAUCCAAACGUCAAUCAGCAUCAUCCACACCUUCAACAUCUAAGCAACCAUCUGCACCAUCAACAUCACCAUCAUACCCAUCAACCACAACAACAACAACAGCAGCAACAUCAUCCGUCACAUGGUCAUCACAGCACAGCGAAUGGCAACACCAGUAGCAAUAACAACAGUCCAACAACAACGGAACAUAACAAUAAAAACCACAACAACACUAGCAACAGCAACAAUCAACAGCAUCAAUCAAGCAACCUAGCAGUAGCAGUAGCAGCAGCCGGAACCGACGGCAAUGAUGGCACCGGAACACCGGAAGGUACCAGCAGCAGUGCAUCUUCCGGAAGUAAAUCUUCGAGAUCUCAGUCGCUAGUCAAGCCUCCGUACUCGUAUAUCGCACUCAUUACCAUGGCCAUCAUCCAGUCGCCGCAGAAAAAGCUAACGCUCAGUGGAAUAUGUGAUUUUAUUAUGAAUAGAUUCGCUUACUACAAAGACAAAUUUCCGGCAUGGCAGAACUCGAUACGACACAACCUAAGCCUUAACGAUUGUUUCAUCAAAAUACCCCGUGAGCCCGGAAAUCCUGGCAAGGGCAACUUCUGGACCCUGGACCCGCUGGCCGAGGACAUGUUCGACAACGGGAGCUUUCUGCGCCGACGGAAACGCUACAAACGUACGACGAUUCCGCCGGGGAUGGGAUUUCCGGCGGUAUUCAAUCCGUUCGCGCCAUUUUGGAUAAGGAAACCGGUUCCGGUGAUACCGAUGCAGUUUCCGCCACACGCUUUCGGCGAUGCAGGAUUGGGGAUGCCGGGGCGGGCUGAUUUUAUGAUGGACAGCAAGCUGAGCUUGUUCGGUGGCAAAAUGGAAGAUUUAAGUGUAGCCGUGAUGGAAAACAGUGAGUUUCUUCAACGGAAUGUGGAUGGGUUAAAAAUGUCCGGUUCGAUGAAUAAGUUUUUCCACGCUUACGGCGGAAGUGAAAGUGGUGGCCCCAGUGGCAAUUAUGAGGACAGUUUCCAGUGCAAUAACAAUAAUAACAAUAGUUCAAUUAGUAGAGAUAGUAUUGGUGGCUAUUUUAGCAAAAACAAUGUUCCUAUGGCUGUCCAAGAUCAGCGAUUCCCGCCGGACUUGGAUCCGAAUGAUGGGCGUUCUCCGUUGACCGUCGGGCACACGGAUAAUGCCAGUGCUUAUGAAUUAGAUCUCUCGAGUGAUGAUAAAAUUGAUGUGGAAAGUGACGAUGACUAUCGGUCGAUGGGAAAAGAAUACGAAUCGGACAGAAUACCGGACUAUAAUGGAAACUGUUCUCCGACAGAGAAAAAAUCUAAUGCGGACACAUCCGAAUCCGUCAAACCUACACUCGAUGCGGAAGACUACUGCUGCGAGGAUGACGAUAAUUCGGACAAAAUUAGCACCGUAUCAAACGACCACCAACCGGAUGAUUCCAAGCAAUUUUACGUGAAUAGUUUCGAAGAGUCGACCCGGUUCCUACCGGAUGCCAUCGCCGGAAAGUAUGAACAGCUGAGUCGAACCCUCGUCGAAAACGAUGACCUCAAUGUGGUGGACGCCUACGCUGAAACAAAACUGGUGGGAUUCGAUUUCAGCAGCCGGAAACGAAAGCACGGAAAUACCAAAGGAUUUAGCAUAGAAAAUCUGAUAGGUUGUAGCGUCGAGGACAGAUGAACUUGCGAGAUGGGCUUCAAGAUAUCGUAGCGUAGUGUACCUUAGCGGUUAACCAGAAACAAACCCCUUCCGUUGAAAACCUUGUACAUAUUUUGUAACAUUUAGGUCCCUUUUAACGAGAGAAACAAAUUCAUAUGUAGAACUAAAUGCUAUUAAAAUGGUAAUGUAAUUGGAUACUUGUGAUGAUAUAAUAAAAAAAG